AUGUGGACUGGCCUUGCAGCGUUGGCCAGCCACGCAAACCAGCUAAAGCCAGGAAUGUAUGAACCACAGCUUGAGCUGGUUAAAGCUGGCACAAGCCAGCUAGUAACACAUGAUUCAGGCUUGGAGAUGUUCUGGGUUUGGGCGCAUACGGUGGAGUUGGGAUUCCCCUGCGCCUUGUGGUUUGGUAGAGAGUCGACCUACUAUGCUUUGGUUCUCGACCUCCUUGGGCCGUCAUUACACGAUCUCUUCAUUGCACGCAAUCAACAGUUCAGCCUUUGCAAUGUUGUGAAUCUAGGAGACCAACUACUCUCACGUCUCGAAUAUAUCCACUCGCACAAUUUUGUGCACGGUGAUAUUAAACUGCAGAAUAUAUUGGUAGGUCUCAACGAUUUGAGGCACACCGCCUUCAUUGUCGACUUUGGUAUCGCAAAGGAGUACUGCAGCACUUCGACUAGAACCCAUGUGCCAUUUCGCCAAGGCCAAAAUCUCACUGGUACCCCUGCAUUCGCCUCAAUCAACAGUCAUUUGGGAGUUGAGACAGGGUCAUUGUGCUGA